CCCCGCCUCACUUCCAUGAUGGCUGAAGAUCCCGGUGGAGCUUAUUUUAAUUUCUCCUUCACUUUUUCCUGUUUCCCUGUGUUUCUGCUUGUCGAUACGACAUGGCAGGAGCCACAACCUCGGUAACCGGCUUCAUAUACUCGCUGACGCCGUCAUGCCCAAGAAAGGGAUCCGAAAACGGCUGAAGUUCCGGGCCGACGACGUGUGCUCGGAGUCAGUUACUGUGGCUGACUAUGCUAACUCUGACCCAGCCAUUGUGAAGUCUGGGAGGGUUAAAAAAGCUGUUGUAAAUGCACUUGAAAAAGAAGUGAAAUUGCUGUGUGGUUUGGAAGCUUCCCAAGGUGCUGUACAAGAGGUGCUGUCCUCUGCUGUGAGUGUAAGGACACAGGACUGUGACAGCAGUGAUGAGCUGGACACUGAAGGCAGUGUCAGUGGUGUAAAACUUUCGAGAAAGAAGAAGAGCAAGAGACAUAUAGAAGAUGAUGCACUGGAUGGCAAAGAGUAUCCUAUCGAUAUUUGGCUGCUUUUGGCAUCAUACAUUCGUCCAGAGGAUACAUGUAAAUUUGCUCUGAUUUGUAAAAAUGCGUGGACUGUCACUUGCACUGCUGCAUUCUGGACCAGAUUAUAUAGAAGGCAUUAUAAUAUGGAUGCUCAAUUGCCAGUACGUUUGCAGCCAGACUCUGUUGGAAAGAUGAGAUGUCUCCGUGCUUGUGUAAUCCGUUCUCUGUUUUUUAUGUAUGAGCCAUUUUGUACUCGUGCUACAAAAAUCCCUUUAAUACCAGAGUCCACUCCUACAAGUUUGCUGAAUUCAAAGUGUUUGCUGUUUUGGGUCAACAAAGUUGAUGGCAACAGAUCUGAAACAAUGUGGGAGUUUAAUUUUAAAUUUAUGAAGCAGCCUCCAAAGUUUAAGAAUGGCUGUCACAAUGGACUACAGUUUCCCUGCAAAUACCAAGAUGUUCAUGCUAACCCAGACCAGGACUGCUAUCUAUUGCAAGUUACAACACUCAAUUUCAUUUUCACUUCCGUUGUAAUGGGCAUGACCCUGGCAUUGUUUACAAUAAACGUGAGCACGGAUAUGAGGCAUCAUCGUGUGCGACUUGUUUUUCAAGACUCCCCCAUCAUUAAAGGCAAGAAAUCCCGGAAUGAUCUAGGUGUCCAAGUGGUUCUUGAUCCUGUACACAGUGUCCGUCUCAUGGAUUGGUGGCAUCCUCAGUACCCCUCUUCUGUUAAUACUUGAUAACAUUUCAAGAAGUCAGCAGGAAUAUGAUGCUGGAUCAUAAAAAUUGAAGCUGAAGAUUUUUGCUGAAAACCCUGCCAGUUUGGCUGUAAUUUGAAAUUUCAUAACAUUGAAAAAUUGAGCAACACUUGUUGACACUGUAGAAAAGCACUUUUCAGGAUUAUGAUGAAAUUUACAUAUGCCCAUUAUGGUAUUUCAUUAUAUAACAGGGUAAUCAUGGAAUGCUGUCAUUAUUAUUUUAUUGUAAUGAUUCUAAUGUAUUUCAUCAAUGUCUGAUCACACUGGAAAAUGGUGCUGUGAUGCAUGGAUGUCUCCUUCUCUUGCAAUGACCUUUAAUUAUAAUUUAUCUAAUGUUUUCAUAAUGUUAGCAAAAUAUUUGUGAUCUCAUGAACCCUAGAGUUGCAAUGAAUAGUUGGCAAGUGUAAAGAGUAAUUUUUCAUAUUUCACAUUAUGAUGUUUAGUGAGGGAGCUGUCAGGGCCUGAGAAACAUUAUUAUUAUUAUUAUUUCCUUUUUUCCCCAUCCUCACCUCUGUCAUCCAGUUUUCAAGACUCUCAAAUGGGGAAUGCCUGCGCCUGCCAUAGUUUUUAUCCGAGUAUUCAUGUCUCCAUUUUUUUCAAUUUAGCUUUGCGUUCACUUCUGUUCACUAACUUUUUAUAUAUUUAGUGUUAAUUCAUGUUCUGGAUGAUGAUGUGGUAUUUUCUGAAGACCCACAAGUAUACUCAUUUUUACAAAUUUGUUCUGAUUUCACAUUGUCCAAUUACUGAUUAAAAUUAUGUUUUGAAAUGCAUAUUUUUCAGAUGAUGGUGAUGAUUAGGUUUCUUUCAAAGAAAAAAGAAAGUACUCAUUUUAAAGUUAAGGAAAACAAGAGGAAUCUUUACACUCUACCACUAUAAGGAAAUCAUUUCUGUUUCCAGGUACAAAGGAAAAAAA